AUGGGUGGCACAUACCGGCUGGGCUGUGAACAUGUGUUGAAGAUAUUGCGUAAAGAGCGUGAAACAUUACUCACACUGCUGGAGGCAUUCGUUUAUGAUCCCCUAGUUGAUUGGACGGUAAGUGACGAUGGCACCACGACUGUAGCACGCGCUACCUCAGCGUACGCAGCCGCUUUCAGUCUGAAUGCAUUGGACGCAGUGGCGGCCGGCGUACAAAAGGAGGGUAACACGAAAUCCAAUGGAUCCACAGACGAGGCAACACAACGCAAACCGACUUGGGAAAACACACGUCAGUCGCUGGAAGUACGGCUGCACGAACUCAAACCAUUUUGGACACAAUAUAGAGACGAUCUGCAGACGCGUUUGUCAGAGAUCGAGGGUGCGCUCGAUCAUUUAAUCGAACUGCAAGCCGAGAUACGUCGAGAAGAGCAAGAACGCGAUCGCAUUACCAAACAAUCGGCAAUGAUACGCGAAUUGCAAGCGCUCGGCACAGCGAUGGGUAGUCACGCUCUAAAUACGAUCACUGAUCGUUACAAAAGCUGUAAGCGUGACGAAAGUGCGCUCAAUGUGAUGAAGGAGAAUGUGCAAAAGUAUCAGAAGGAUACCCAUGCUAUACUGACUAUAUAUUUCGAACAAUUGCUAUCCACUUCUGUCAUACGCGAAUUGUCAACACUGCAAUUGCAACUGUGCGAUCUACAACAAAAUAUAGCAACAAAUGAAUUCGAAUUGCUACACACUCUGCUCGAGCAGAGCGGCCAGGAGCAAUUGUAUGCACAGUGUGAUUUCACACGCAGGGAAAUGGAUAAUACACUCUAUCAACAGUGCCGUUGCGCCCUGGAAUGCAUCGAUCUGUUGCAACAAUAUAUUGGCGUGAUGCAAUUUUAUCCACGCUCACGUCUGCUGGAAAACCAUUUGCUCAAAUACGAGAAAGCCUACCGUGAGUUGUUGAGCGGAGAGCUGAGCGUAGGCGAGUUGCAGCAGCAAAUUGAACAGUGGCAAGAGAGCGCGCCGUCCAUUUCGACGGAUGGCGCGAAGUCCGAGGCCAUACAGUAUGCAGCUGGAUUGGAGAAAGUGUGGAUUGAAGCGAAUAUGGAAAUGUCCACCGCCAUUAGUGAUGUAAAUUACCAUCCUAAUCAAGUGUCAAUUUUGUUUGAUGGUGCCGUUGCCACAAUACACACUUUCAUCGCCUUAGAUCCGGAUACACACACACAAGCGCUGCAAUCCUGCAUGCUUGAAACGCUAUCGAAAGCCACUGAUUCCUUCCUGAUCAUCGAAGAGUGUGCUUUGGACACACAAGAUUAUUAUCUGCUCAAUCAACAAUUGAAUUUCCUGGAAAUGUUGCAACAAUUGUGUCAAGUAGCUUUCCCAGAUGCCGAUCAACAUUAUUACGACAAUUUACUCACACUCGCCGAAACGCUGCAAUCGUUGCAUAAUUUGAAAACCGCAUUUGAACAAACGUUGCCCAAACGUAUCGUGCGCUUAUAUAUGCUGGACAACGACGACGAAGUGCAAGCAGCUUUGGCAGAAAUUUGUGCAUAUGCGCCGAACCCUGCCGACUCACCGCAACGCAUGCAUAACGGCAGCGCCAAGGUGUCACUGUUUUUCAAUGAAAUUUACGCGCUCUUCGAUGAUUUCGAAACACGCGUGAAGCUAUUGAGACCCACUGUGGAAAUCAUAAUGGAGCGAAUGGGCGAAUCCAAUUUCAAGCAAUUCGUGGAAUCCCGCUUAUUUGUCAACGCCACAGCAACGAUCGAUAGCACCUUGAAAUAUGAAGUAAUCGCCAAUAUUUUCCGUUCGGUACGCGAUAAUGUCAAAGCAUUGCUACAUAACGACACACAACAAAUAUACGAUGUGCGUCGCUUUUCAGCAUCCAUUAACGAGUACAUGAACACUAUGCAGCACACAAUACUCGCUGGCCUGCCAUCACUUUUCGCGCACAUGCUACACGGCCGACUGACCACGCUCGCCACUCAAUACCCGAAUUUGCGUUGCUUGGAGGCUGCUACACUGUUGAAUGCCGAGCGUUUAUGCCGGAAUCUGUUGCAUGCUUUACAGCAAGGUUUCAGCGGCAAGAACUAUCAAAUGCAAGUGCUCCAGCAUACCAAAUGGGCUGGACAUUGCGCGCUCGUGGGCAGUGCACACUUCUGGUUGAACGAAGCGGCGCUACAGCAGUCAGAUACACAGUUGAUGUAUGGUUUUCCGAAGGAAAAACUGCUGAAAUCAGUGCAAGCUUGCAGUCAGUCAUUGAGCGCUUGGAAGCACACAAUAAUUAAGAUACACGAAGAUGUGAAUAAGUAUACGGCUGCCGUGACGCAGCAGCUGAACUGGGCAUUGCAAUCGAAUGGCAGUUUGCUGUCAGUGCAAGCCGACUUUAUGGAAUGUGUAAAGGCACAGCAGCUGCGCUACAACAGCCUGUUGGAAUCGGUUACACAGAUAUACGAUUAUGCCAAUGCUUUGUUGCAAUACGAAUUGCUGCAGAGCAAGGAUAAUCGCAUACAGGCUGAUAAUGCUUUUCUCGCUGUGCUGCAACAGUGGUCGGACGCUGUGGCCUCAGUGCAGCAGAGUAACGCAAGUAUUACGCCGAUUGAGCAAUCGAUUGUGCAGCUCUUGGAUCCGGAGGGUAAAGUGGAUCAGUGUUGGAUAGAGAAUAUUGCCGGUUUGCUGGAUGAAAUGACGUUCGCUUCACAGCGCAAACUGGCCACAUUGGAGCAUGAGCAAGAUGCUCUGAAAGAGGGACUUUUCGAGCAGGGACAGCAAAUGCUGCCCUUGAUCGACCCACAAAUACGCAGCGAAGUGCGUCACAUCUUUAAAGCGAUCACUAAGAAUGAUCGGAAUACACGCGCCACAACAGCUGUUGAUCGAAUUGGCUCUAUUGCGCAUGCGCGAGAUCUACAACACGCGCUACGCUUAUUCCACAAUAAAUUAUCGGAGCUGCAGAUGCAAUUAAUUGCGCGUAACACCACCGACACCACGCCCACGGAGUUGAAGGCCAAAGUACACGAGCUGCUUGCAAGCCACGAGCAAAACUACAUUGGAUUACUGGAGUUGGCGCAACGUUUCAGCAGCGACGAAAGGGAAGGUGCGUCGUCGAGUUGUAGGAUCCCGGAUUCGCCUUUGCGCAACAAAGGCAGCUAUGCGGCGGCUUUGGAGGGUACACAAAAAUUCACGGGCAACAAAGACGAAGCCACGGCCACGUUAGCGGUGGAUGAUGGUGCUGUUGAUAAGAAAGCUGGCACUGCCAACAAUCCGGGCGAGCAGAAACGCAACGCUUACGCUGUGUCCGUUUGGAAGCGUGUACGCAUGAAGCUGGAAGGUCGCGAUCCAGACUCAAAUCGACGCUGUACCAUUGCCGAGCAAGUUGACUACAUCUUACGCGAGGCAAUGAAUCCCGAUAAUCUAGCUGUGCUCUACGAAGGCUGGACUCCUUGGGUUUAAAUGCUUAACGAAACGGCUUCGUAUAUGGGGAAGCCUUAACUUAACUCAAUUCAGCAGCAGCAGCAACAGCAACGGCAACAGUCAAUGCAGUGGACAGGAACAGUUAGCGGAGAGUAGAGAAGCAGUGGGAAGAUGGAGUGCGGCAGGACGACCAAGACGACCAGUUGGAGGAUACAGCAUUAUGAUCAACCGUUACAUAGCAACCUGCGAUACUUAAUAUAUAUAAGCAUAUAUAUUUAUACAACAAUCAUCAUUAAUAUCAGCGAGCAACGUCUAAGGGGUAACCUGCGGGAGCAGCUAUUAGAUGGAAAUAUUUGUCCAUAUAAGGUAGCAGGAAGCAUGGGCGCCAACAACACUAUAACUGCACCUAGUCUCCUGUAUUAUAACAACAACAAAAAGAAAAAUAUGAACAAAACAUCUUUGGUAUAGCUGACUUAGACGUUGGAUUGAUUGUUUGUUGGGAUGCUGGAGGGGGUUGUUUUGAAAAUUAGAAUUCAGUCGCUGUUUUGAGCGUGCGUGCGCUCAAUAAAUCACCGUUUCAUCUUGCUGCCAUGCGCCACACCACAAGCUACGGUUUAUGGCGUGCGGUGCUUCUGUGUGUGUGAAUGUGUACGUGAAAGCAGUAGUUGGACGACAUACAGAGUGGAGGUGGUAUGUGGUUGUUUGGGGGGGAAAGGUGUACGGUGUAUGUUAUUUGUGUGCGCACGUCAUCUUUGCGGGCUGAAUUUUUAUUUCUAGAUUACAUUACUAUAAAAUUUUAAUAUAUAAACAUAUAUUUUUUUUCGUUUUCAAUUAUGAUUUCACUAUAAAUUUCUAAUUUAAUUUGUCAAUAUGCCUGUAGCAUGUAGUCUCUAUGGUCAGAGAUUUACGAACAACAUCUAUAGAAAACUAUUUGGUGACCUAAUAUUAAGUUGGCCGUGAAAUAAUAAAAAUAAAAAAGCUAUACAACACAUGUAACUGCUUCGUCGAUAUAGAACUUGAUCUACAAUUACAAAACCAAAA